AUGGGAGGGACGGCUCGGGAGAGCCCGCAGGAUUGCCGCUUUCUGGACGCAGAAGCAGCCAAGGCGCGGAAGAAGAGCUGCCCCAGGUACCAGCUCUGUGGACUGCUCCUCAGCACGCUGCUCCUUGCUCUUAUUCUGAUAUUUUUUGGAGUCAAAUACCUCUGGAACCCAACACCCAGAAAAGUUUAUGACAUGGAACACACCUUCUUCAGCAAUGGUGAGAAGAAGAAGAUUGUGAUGGAGAUCGACCCGCUAGCCAGGACAGAAACCUUCAGCAGUGGGAAUGGCAGUGAGGAAAUCCUGGAGAUCCACGACUUCAAAAACGGAAUAACUGGAAUCUUCUUUGUGGGACUUCAAAAAUGCUUCAUCAAAACUCAGACUAAAGUGCUACCUGAGACGACAGAGGCCAAGAUCCCUGAGCUUGAGGGGGAAGAAAUCACCACCACCUACUUUGAGCAGUCUGUGGUUUGGGUGCCUGGGGAAAAGCCCAUUCAGAACAAGGAGUUCCUGAAGAACUCCAAAAUUUUUGACAUCUGCAGAAAUGUGACCAUCUUCUGGAUCCACCCCACACCAAUAGCAGCUCCUGAGCUAGCCAACCUUGAAGGGGCAGAAGAAGAAGACCCUGAGUUGCUCGUAGACAAUCAGAGCUGGUUGGAUGGGGGGAGUGAACAUGAGGUGGAGAAGGAUACGCAGCCAGGGCCCAAACGUCGGGCACGGCAACUCACCGAGGAGGAUCUGCCUGUCAAUGACUACUCGGAGAACGGGCUGGAGUUCCACCCCUUGUGGGAUGAGCGAGGCUACUGCUGUGCCCAGUGCCGCCGCGCCAACCGCUACUGCCGGCGAGUCUGUGAGCCCCUCCUGGGCUACUACCCCUAUCCCUACUGCUACCAGGGCGGGAGGGUCAUCUGCAGGAUCAUCAUGCCCUGCAACUGGUGGAUCGCGCGGAUGCUGGGCAGGGUGUAG